CCAACGUGGAAGUUGAAGAGGAGAACCCAAUGGCUGUUUUUCCUGUUGACCUCAUGUCAAAAGACUCAAUAAUCAUCCCUGCCUGGAGUCCACAGCCAGGAAAAGCAGAUCACUAUUUGCUUUGUGUCCUGCAGCCAGCAAAGAGAGAGCUAUUUUUGCUGGACUCGCUCAAACCAGAUGGCUUUGGCGACAGUCAUAACAUCUUUAGGUUUGGUAACAUGACAACAAUCAGCCCUGUUCUGUGGCUUGUUCAGUAUGGGAAUCCUACAGAAUUCAUAGUACUCCAGAAAUGCAGUGACUUAGCUCAUCACAUUGCUCUGGGCCAGUGGACAACUAAGUUUGGCAAAGACAUUGAGGGUUUCCCUCAACAAACCACUGUAAAUUAUUGUGGCAUCUUAAUGUUGAUGUAUGCACUCAGCCUGAGCACAGAGGCUCCAUUUUGGUUCAUUGAGAGGGACAUGGCACGCAUCCGAAAAUGGUGGUGCAUUAGUCUAAUGGAACGGUUCCAGAUUGACGGCCAUGGACAGAGGUUUGCAUACUGGACCAAUGAGGCCAGAGCAUUGCUCCAAGGUUCACUGCAGCCGAUAUCCAGGGUCCCAAAGGUCAGAAAGAGGGAACAUGAGGUGAGCAUGAUGAUGGCAGAGGACACCCAGUGGCCUUCUCCUGUUUUGAUUGAGUCAUUAAAAAAAACAUGUUGA